AUGCUGUCUGGCCGUGGGCCAAGACCAGCAUGGUUCACUCCAAGGGAGAGUGAAGGGGACAGGCUGGACAGGCUGCAGCGCACGGGGCAGGAAGUGCUGGGCAAGGCUACAGCAACUGCGAGCAAUCCUGCAGUGAAUCCGCCAAAUUAUGGAGCCCCUGCCAGCUAUUGUAGAACAGAUCCAGCACCAGGCAUUUUACCCGCCGGCAAAGCUGGUGAAAUGGCUUUUGGAGCUCGAGCUCAUGUAGUUGUCGUCCCCUCACCGCGUUCUCCUACUUCGAUGACAGCAACCCAACGCAGGCAUCGACAGAAGGGGGAGCCAGGAGAGAUGGGCUUGCAUUGGGGGCUGAAGAGUCUCUCCAUCCCGCAUCCAGGACCUGGCUAUGGCAUCAAGACUAACAAGGAUGAAGAUGUCGCACAGAAUUUUCGGUCUGGACAGCAGUUUGGAGUAGCAGAGUACAUUAAUGCCAGGGCAGAAGAUGUUUAUCAAAGCACAAAAAAAGAACCUUUGGCAAAGCCAUUUCUCCGUGGACAUGUUUUGCCGCAACAGGUUUCUGCCUCAGACUUUCCAGGCUUUGGAAGACCACUAGAUCGGUCACAGAAGGGCGCCAAGGAUGUCAUGUUUCCAAGAGACCGGACUGCAGAAAGUGCUGAAGUCAAGGCUUUGUACAAGCGAACUCAUGGUAGUACUGAUCCUGGUGAAGGGUUAGAUCGCAAAUAUGAAUGGCCCAACUAUGUGAAGAAUCCGAUCUUUCGAUUCGGGCAUGGUGACACAACAGUCGCUAGCGGAGCUGGCGCCAAGUCGGCCCUAAGCAUGGAUUGCGGAGAGGAGCCGCUGUCAGUUCCCAGCACGCUCAUUGUCAAGGACACUUUGGCCAACUUUCAGGAAGUGACUUCUGACCAGCUUGGAACCAGUCGGAAUUUGAUGCAAUUGCAAUCCCAAAGAGGUCUCCCAUCCCACCAUGCCUUUGGAAAGCCUACAAGCAGUGAUCCAAUUAGUGCUGGUUCACUCAUCAAAGGGGCGUAUUCCUUGCUGGAGCAGAUGCCUGACAAUGACUUGGGCAAGUGUAUAGUGAAAGGGCGCCGAAACUUUGAGACAGAUUCUGGACUGGGUAUACCAUCGGUCCGGUAUGACAAGGCUGCUCCUCCGCCAGAGAAGAGGUCAGUUGCAAACGCUGUAAACUAUGGUGACGACUUGAAUGCCGCGAGUCUCAUCACUCCAACAAGAUUUCAAUCUUUAGGUUUGAUGCCAAAAGAUUUCACUGAAAGGCGAAGUCCCUCAGAGCUGGAGAAGCUGAUGCGUGGUGCUGGCUUUUCCGCUUCGGCGGAGGAGCUUGCCGAGAUUAUACGUGGUGCUGCCCAAAAGCAUGGAGAUGGAGAUGAGCGGGCAUCAUUGGAAACUACUAUGCUUGCACUUGAAGAUUGGCUGAGUAAGCAAGCUGUGUAA